AUGAUUGAAAGACUGCUUGAACCGUUUUUGGAACCUCUCAGGAAAGAACUGGAAAAACUGAAUAAGGCACCCGAAAGGAACUCAGAUGCUACGGAUGAACAGUUGCAACAAGCAGCAGACACUGAAAGUUCACCGCAGCCUGCAUUCAACAGCGAUAGUGUUCGCCGAUCACAACCUCGAAUUGUUCCUGAAGUGCGAACUGUCGAAAAAAAAGUUGAGGUUAGAGAUGCACGAGAUACUCGCACAUCCAGUGGCAUUAGAACAGCUGGCAAAUUGCAGCUUGGUGGCACAGGGGGCACACCUUUUGGGAGCCGUUCAGGUGGCUUUCAGUCUAUCUCAAGGCGUUCCCAAAAAGUCUAUCAGCCAACAGCUUCAGUCAAAACUAAUUCAGCAGCUUUCGAUCCAAAAGUUAAUAAGGAGCACCUAAAACCACCUAAAAUCCUUCCGCUUUCUAUUCCUAACUCAGAUAGCUUAUCCAAUGAAAAAACUUUUGAAGAUAAUAAGCAACCGGCACCAAGUGAUCUGAGCUUUUUAAAUCCGUUUGAAGAUUUAAAGCCCAUUCAGUUAAGCAAUCCUUUUACUCCAAAUCCCCUUAUGAAACUGUUUGCUAUUACUGCUGUCACCUUAUCCCCUAUACUUCCAACUCCUGCAGCAAAACCUAUUCAUGACCCAACGAAGCUAAAAUUUCCAGACCCGCCACCACUCCCUGACCCAUUCUUCAAUCCACUUUUCCCACAAAAAAAGAGUAAAAUCAUGAAAGCGCUAUUUGGUGACACACCUGGAAUACUGUUCGGCCAUCGGAAGCCAUUAGGAAGUGGAGCUUGA